AUGAAGUUUGAGGACGUGUUUCGGGUUGAUCUACAGGCGGAUCCUGUGACCGAUGUCGAGUCUUUUCGAAUCACGUUGCGUCCUGAUGCUAAACCAUUUCGAGCACGUACUCAUCGCUACGGAUCUACACAGAGUAUGUUCGUGCGGAAACAUGUGCGGCAGGUGAAGAAGAUGGGAUUUAUCCGCCGAAACAACAUGAGUCUUUGGGCAUGUGUUACGGUGCCUGUCCAGAAAGUUGCCAGACCAACUGAAUUUCUACUAACAUUGGUGUUUGUGCGAAUGCGGGAACAGUUCUGA